AUGCAUUUAAAAAGCUGUCAGAGAAAUCCUAGUAUGCUUUCGAAUUCUCUCUUUCCAUACUUUCUUGUCAGUCCAACUGUUAAUCAGGAAUGCAAAAGAUUGAACACCGAACUGUUUAUCCCACUUUUGGUGUCAACUUCAACUGAUGUGAAAAGCCAAGAAAAUCAUAAACAAAGACGAUUUUUUUCCGAACGUCCAGCUGAUGAACUGCUCUCAGUGUUCUUAUCACAUCUUGUGUCUUCCAUAAAUUGUCGGUAUUUGAAAGGGAAAAAUAUAUCGAACACAGAUGUGGUUUACUUAGCUACACAAGCCGAUGUGUUUUACACAAAUGCAAAGGAAUCUGCAACUCUGACAGAAUGUGACAAGAACAAAACACUUGAAGACUGUUUCCUGUCUGAAUUUGACAUCAGCAAACCGUGUAAAAUGUUUUUGCAAAUUAACUUUUGUUUAUCACAUGAUCCUCAGAAAACUGAAUCACUCAUCUAUACAGUUCAUACAAAUCCCGCACGUAUAUUGCAUUGUCGUCUGAAUACAAUCCCGAUGGUCGGUUGCCCUAUGGUACCAUAUAUUGAACAUGAAAAUAUGUGUCUGGAAAAAUCUGAAUUCCUAUGGUUUGUUGGUCAGCCUGAAGAUUGGCCCAACCAACCCUGUCAUAAAGGUUUCAUAUUUACACCGGCUGAGAAUCAUCUCGGUUUUUCAAUCCGAUUGCGCAUUCGUGCACGUGAUAUGAAUGGUAUGGAUGGAGUCCCAUUUGGAACGAGCAAAUUUUACGAUCCAUAUGGACAACCAAUUCAAUGCAAGUCGCCUGUACUUAAAGCUCCUAUUCAAGAGUUUCAUCAACAAAGGUACAAACUGAUUGAAAAUGAUCAAUUGGAUUCACAGCGUUUACGUGUUGUAAGCUACAAUAUUUUAGCUGAAAUGUAUGCUAGAUCCGAUUUGGCACGUACCGGAUUAUUUGCACAUUGUCCGGAGGAUUUCAUUAUCUCCGCCUACCGAUUACCUUUGAUUCUACGGGAAUUAUUUUCAUAUCAAUCAGAUAUCAUUUGUCUUCAAGAAGUAGAUCGAUGGGUUUACGACAAACACCUUCUUCAUGCUUUCAAAUACCACCAAAAUAUGGAUGGUUUAUUUCUAGCCAAAAGAGCAGUUCAACCUGAUACUAAUGAUCCACAUAAAGUGAGAACAGAUAUUAAAAAGGAAAAGGAUGAAGGCUGUGCAAUUUUCUAUUCUUCUUCCCGUUUUGAACUUGUUUCACAAUAUGACCUACCGUCAAUACUUCAUUAUGCAUCAACUGUUCCAUUCUUAUCAAUUAUGCUAGAUAAUUUGAAUUCUGAAAAGUUGAAUUCAGCUGGUUCAGAUCAUUCAUUUGGUGAAGAAGAUGUUGGAACACAUAUCCAAAAAUCGUUAUCACAAUGCCUACUCGCAGGAGUCUUCCGAGUGAAGUCAACCAAUUCACAACCGACAUUUUUUAUUGUUUCUAAUACUCACUUCUACUUUCAUCCUUCUGCUAGUGCAAUUCGAGUGAUUCAAGCGCACACAGUACGUCAUCAUCUAUUGAAAAUCGCUAUGCAAUACAAUCAACCAGAUAGCAAUCCAAUACCAAUCAUUUUCUGUGGAGAUAUCAAUCAGUCGCCAGGUUCAGGUCCUUAUACUGCGCUUACUCAAGGUGAUAACUGCUUAUCUCAAGAAAAGACUACCUAUCAGCCUACAUUUGAGUCAGUCUAUGCAAAUAAUCCGCCUGAAUUUACGAAUUGGGUGCCUGGAUUUUACAGUGUUUUAGAUGUAAUACUAUAUAAUACUGAUUCAGAUUUGAGAUGUAUCCGAUUCCUACCAAUCGAUUCAUUGCAUCAGAUGAAACAACGUUUAAUACAACAAGUGAGCGCGGAUGGUCAUCACAUUCCAGAUGAUAGUAAACUAGGUCUUCCGAACGCCUAUUUUCCAAGUGAUCAUGUCGCUCUUGUAGCUGAUUUCUCUUGGGAUUCAUUGAAAUAA